AGAAGCAGCACAAACAGGCUGAGCAGGUCGAGAAUGAAAUCAAUCGAUUCGGCGGCUGACAGGAGAGACCCGAGGGGGCGCCAGGCUGCGGGAAGCGGAGACUGCGUGCAAGACUGCUAGUACGUGGAAGCUGUAUAGAGGUAUUUUUUGCAAACAAUGGCAUUAUAGCAUAUACCUUGCAAUUAUUCAUGGCUGAGUCAGAGACUGCCUCACGCCUGAAUCAGGCAGUUACCACCUGCUUCUAUCCUGCAACCACGCAUUCUACACGAUUCAGGAUUCGGUUUUGUGAUUCAAAACAUGUAUGACUCCAACAGACCGCACCCCCUGCUAGCGCAGGUGCCUUUGACCGUGUCCCCGUUCAUCUCACUCCCGACAGCCGUCACUCUACCCUACACAUACAAAUCUGUCGCGUCAUCGCUGCCUCCGUCCAUUACGGUGAACCCAGCCAACUCGGAUGAGAAAGCUCGCUACGUCGUCUCCUCCACGGGCGGCCAUGCAGCCCACCCGGAUGAAAUACUAGCAUCGUGCCAGUCUCUUGAAGAUCAUCUGAAAAGGACAGCGGCAGAUGCGAAAAAGGCAAUUACUGACUGGGAGGACUCUGUCAGACAGCGAGAACUGGCGGAAAAGAGACGUGUAGCGCCCGGCUGGCUGGACCGAGAUGAGAAACUUUUGCAGCCCGAAGCCAUACACGGCUCCUCGGUGCAUGGUGAUGCUGCAUCCCCGAGCAUCUUGGACUCGAGUACGCGAGAGCAAGAAUUGCAAGCCACUCCUGCUAUAGCACCGCGAGACGAGGGUGAGGAGCUGGACAGAGCAUUUGGUGGUUUGAACGUGAAAUGAGAGGCAUUCUCAAUAUUAUUGAAUGGAUGAGGGGCCAUUGGCCCAGGAGCAUUUGCUUACGAUGUGCACGACAGUGACAUUAUAAUAUGCAAAUCUUGAUCAUAGGCUUGCUAUCAUUCUUGUGUCCCAAGCCUCGCCCGUACCCCAUCAAGACGGGUCUUCGUGUCACGCACGAACUCAGGUAUACUACUCUAGCCAAGAUUACGGUCACGGGCAGUUCGAUGGAACUAUGCGAGGAUACGCUCGAGACGCUCAACACGCCGAAAGCUCUCUCUUGAGCUUACUGGCACAUAACACCGGGUCUAGCUGAUCUCUGC